CCUUGGGCGGGCGGCGGAGGAUCCGCUUUCUCCGCGGACGGGAAAUGACUGCAAAGGCGCCCAGAAAACGGUCGCUGCCUCUCUUGCUCCUCUCGAGGGCGAUACUUGGCAUUCCCUCCGAUCCCAAUCGGAACCGGUCGCCGGCGGCGGCAGACGAGCGCUUUCCGCCGCGGCAGCUUCACGCCGCCGUCGCACGCGAGAGGACGACAUGCUGAACAUCGUCGGCGCCAGCCUCACCGGCUGGCUGCUGGUCUCGUCCGCCGGGUUGGUGCUGUGCCUGGAGCCUGGGCUGUCGGGAGGCCUGUGCGAAGGUCGGCCGGACUCGGUGUUCGCCGACAGCGACGGCCUCGGUUUCGUGGCCUGCCGACGGGGCGCUGCGCAUCACCUGCGUUGCCCGCCACGACAGCAAUUCCACGCGGGCUACUGCCGCCGCCCCAGGGCGGACGUGGAGGCCCAGAAGUGCUCCGAGCCAGACGGCGUCUACCCGGACUACGGCUCUGGUUGCCGCCGUUUCUUCUUCUGCCGAGGAGGCCGGAAGACGUCGCUGUCCUGUCCGGGCUCACUUCUCUUCGACUGGCGUCUGGGCCGCUGCCGUCCGGCUGGAAAAGUGGGCUGCCCGAGGCUACGGUGUGAUGCGGACGGCGUGUUUGCUGACCGGGUGGGCGGGUGCAGACGGUAUUUCCGGUGCCAGGAUGGAGAAAGGGAGGAAGCGCUCUGCCCACAGGGUCAGCUGUUUGAAGCAGGUCGCUGUCAGAACUCGACGGGCGUGCUGUGCGAGGGCGAUAACGGGUGCGCCAGUCUGCCGGACGCCUUCUACCCGGCGCCGGGGUGCGCCCAGUUCGUGCUCUGCGUGACCGGCAACGCUCGGGAGUUCUCGUGCCCGUCCGACCUCAUCUUCAGUCGCAAGCAGCUCGCCUGCGACUACCCACGGAAGGCGAGCUGCGAGGUGCAAGAUGCAUCCUGCGCCCCUGGCUCGAACGGUCUCUUCCCGCUGACCGGCUGUCGAGAGUUCGCUGUGUGCCGGGAUGGCGUCCUCCUCAAAGUGGGCAGCUGCCCCAAGGCCACCGUCUUUGACGCCAACACCUUGAACUGCCGGCCCGCCGCGGACGUCAAGUGCACCUUCGCCGAAGAGUACGCAGACCCGGACUGCGUCGGUCGCCCCGACGGCGUGUACGCGGGCACGACAGCGGAUUCCUACUACGGUUGUCUUGGCCAAGUCAAGGUGGCCACCUCAUCAUGCCCCGAAGGAUCGGUCUUUGACCCCACUCUUCCCGGCUGCCAAACAAAGGGCCCUGUAGCCGCGAUUGAUGGAGUCUCCUACGGCCAGUAUGAAUGUGAAGGUCGGAUCGGUGUGUUUCCUGACUACAGGACGUCGUGCUACAGCUACCGCAUCUGCGCCGAUGGCUUGGAAGUGGUCCAGGACUGCGGGGGUGGCCUGAGCUACGACACCGAGUUUGGCCGCUGCGUUGAGGACGCGUCAACGCCGUGCCGCCCGCCACGCGUCGUCGGUACCUUCAAGUGUCCCGAGGGCUCGCCGGGACUCUUCGUGGACGAAAACAGCGGAUGCAGAUUCUGGCACGAGUGCGUAGGCUCCGAGGGCGUCUCGUACGCCUGCCCAAAGGGUCACUCGUUCGACCCUGAGAGGAUGCUUUGCCGCCCUACUCUAGGUUGUUCCAAGGCUGUGCUGCGACCACGGGCCUCCAUCUCUGUGACUGGAACCAUCGUACGGCUCAAUGACACGGAUUUCGAAGUCGACUGCGGAGACGUUGCCGAGGUGCUGCCAUCCAUUGACCGACGGGACUUCCACGUCUGCGCUCCUGCUGGAGCCUUCAAUUUCCGCUGUCCCGCCGGCACGGUCUUCGAUCCUGACAGGAACGCAUGCGACAUCGACCGUGGCACCGACGUGACCGGCUUGGUGCUUCCAGGGAGUGCCGUUGACGACUUCAGCUGCGACGGCAGGCGCGAUGGCCUGCACCCCGACGAGAACAAUGGGCACGACUGCGCGAGGUACUACUCGUGUGAAGGUGGUCGAAAGCGGGUCAUGUUGUGCCCUCCAGGUACUAGAUUCAACCAGGUGCUUCUCCUCUGCUCCAGCUCCGUCCUGUGUCACGUGGACCGACACUUCUCUGUGACGCAGCCACCAGUCUCACCGGAUCCACCGGCUUCCACUACGCAAGCUAGCACUACAACGACUACACCGACCUCUACACAGCCAACUACGACGUCGUCGAGGCGAACAACUGCGCAAUACACUUAUGAGUGGACGACGCCAGCGCCGGUGCCCGUAACUGCACGAGCGUCUGCGAGAGGAAGCGCUCGUGCGGCUGCAAGAGGAACUACAUGGGAAGCUAGUUGGCAAGGUGGUUGGGCAGCGACACGAGCGGCUACGCGCGCGACUACGCCAUCUACUACGCCAUUUACAACACCAGUGACUACGGUGCGAUCGACUACGCCGACUACAACUGAGGCUACGACGACGACAACAACGACGACAACGACGACGACUACAACGCCGGCGCCUACGCCUGAGAUACGGCCAGAAGUGGAGCCGGAGUAUGAAGAUUAUUAUACAGAAUUUUUGCCAGACACUACCGCAGAAGUGACUCCAGGAGCUGCGCGUGAAACUCAGCCUGUGACAACACCUCAAAGCAUUCCAGAAGCUGUUCCAGGACUCCUUCCAAGAAAGAUUCCCGAAGGUGUCCCACUACCUCGACUGGAAGAUACACUAGUAACUCUGCCUCCGGCCACGAAAGACUACAGGCCAGAAGCUGAGCCAGAAAGUGCGUUGAAAGCGAAUACACUGCCACCGGUUACUACGCCGCAGGUUACUGAAGUGCUCGCGCCAGAAACUACACCACCGACGACGCAGGCCAACACUACGGAAGCUACACGGAAAAUUACACCGCAGUUUGUGCCCGAAUACGACAUAGACUAUUAUUCAGAAUAUUUGCCGGAAACAACUGCACGCUUCACAACAGAAACGACACGGGCUACCACCGCCGUAACAACUGAAAGAACUACGACGCGCCAAACUACGCCUGUAUUUUCUCGGGUAACCACGCCGGGUCCUGUACCGUUAAGCACAGCAACUACAAGAGCGCCAACAAGAACAACUGCCCGAACAGCUGCACGCAGAACCACCUGGUCUGACUCGUGGGAUGGUGCGUGGGCUGCAACCCGAGCGCCCGCAUGGGCAGCUACGCGGGCACCAACAUGGGAAGCGACACGCGGACAGGCGUCGCGAGCACCCGUGACGCCACCAACAGUAGCGCAAGCACCAGUGACGCAAGCCCGAGUCACACAAGCACGAUCGUCGCAGGCACGGGUGACGCAGGCACGGGUGACACAGGCACGAGUGACGCAAGCACGAGUGACGCAAGCACGAGUGACGCAAGCAGCUGUCACUCACGUACCAGUAACAGAAGCAACGCUUGCCCGGUCAUGGGUGACGCAGACGCUCCCACAGGAUGUGUAUCGUGAACCGACGCGGGCACCAACACAGAUUCCGACAGAACAACCAGCACGGGAACCCUCUAGGGCACCGACGGAAACAACAAGUCCACCAGCGCCUUACCAAGAACAAAGUUAUGACAGCAAGCCAACAGCUGCACCAGAAAUCACAACAGCAUCACCGAUUGCUGUCGACGCUCCCACCUCGCAAGGCGGUUCAGUCAGAGCCGAACCUUCCCCACAGUUUUCAGUUGGUGGAGCAGCCCCUCCAGCGACUGCUCCCGGGGAGGUCACCUUGCUUCCUUUCCCGCAACAGCACCUGGGCGGGACGAGACGACGCCGCAUAAAGUGCGUGAAGACGGGUGUUUUCGCCGAUUUCAGGUCUGGCUGCCGAAGGUAUCACGUGUGCACGAAGAACAAAAGCAAGACGUACGAGUGUCCGCAGGGUCUCCUGUUCAGCCCCGUGAAACAGACGUGCGACGUGCCCGAGAAGGUGACCUGCGCGCCGCCCCGUCACAGGGGCUGUGUCAACUGCAAGCCGUCCAGAACGUCGACGUCGAAGACGCCUGCUGAACGCUUGCACCACGCUCACGGCGUGCCUCCGGGCUUUCACUUCGAGUGCGACCAGCUGCCAGACGGAUUUUACCCGGACGUGGCGCGUCGGUGCCAUGUUUUCUACCGCUGCCACAGCGGGCAGACGUUCUCGCACUACUGCAAGGGCGGCCUGCUGUUCAAUGCCAAGACCGGCAACUGCGAUUUCGAGGGCAGCGUCGACUGUUCGGCGCCGGGCGACGAGGAACCGUCGCCUAACGAGUCUGCAUGAGUGUUUCUCGCACACUUGUCAACGCGGCUAGUCAGUGCGAUGAGCCUCGCGAACGCCGAGUGGCUGCUGAGCAGCGCAACACGUGCCAAGUAGGGAUGCUGGGUUCUCCGGAAGGAAAUGUUAGACGGCGCCCGUCAUAGUAAAAUGCAGCUGACACGCUUCUACGCGCUGCCGAAUACCGAAAGCAGAGUGUUAUCUCGUACCAUAGAGAACUUAGCGAGACUGAACAUUUAAAUAAUCACUAUGGUGAUGAAGCGUAAAAGCAUUAACGGUGUUCUGAUGACGGACAUUGCCCCAGUGUUGGCAGCGUUGAAGGAGAGCUUAUGAGUCUUUUCGUUUAUGGAGCAUCAUGGCAGUUAUGAUGGCAAAAAGACGGAACUGCUUUCGAAGGCUGAUACACUCCCUAUAAAAAUUAUUUGGGCUUGAUGGAGCCCGGGUACCCGAUAAUAGCUAGAUACAAAUGAAGACAGGCCAGGUGCAUCGCUUUUUGUGAACUGCUUCGCUUUCUGUGACGUGUCUCGCGUUUUGUGAGGCAGCAUCAUAGGUAAUCCGAGCAUAACCUGUUUUAGUAUUUUGUAUGGCUGUGCAAAGUUUGCAGAAAACGUAUGUCUGCAGUGUUAAGUCCCAUUUUUUUUUCUGCUUUCACCCGCCAUCGUGCAUUUGAACGUUGGCACCAUUAAAGUCUCCUGUGGAAAAAAAUUGUAACAAAAUAUGGCGUCUAAACGAAAGUUGCAUAUUUUCUAGUGUCUAUACAGCACUUACUUGCGUAGAAGCCAUAUUUCGCGCAGAUGAGCAAUAUACGUGCGCGGCACUUCAGAUGGCCUACAAAGCCAAGCUGACUUAUAGAUGAAGCUCCAAACAAGAUGCAGUUGCCUGCGCCACCGUAGCACUUUGUGUACAGUGCAUUACGGUGGCAUAGAAAUCAGUACCAAACUGUUACAAGCAAGAGAAAAAAACUGCCAUGACGUCCUCUGUAAGCAGCACUUACAGAAUGCCUACGAUCAAGAAGAGUCCUUUGUUUCAUCCUUAUUAGCCUCUUCGGCUAAUACAACAGAAUACGGGACCGAAAGCAAAAUACGGUAUUUGCUAGAAGAAUGACUUUCGCACUCAAUUUUACCAAACAAACAUUGUCAUUGUUGUAAAAUAAACUGCACAUGUUUUUUU